AUGCACCGCGAUGUGAUGCGCCGCGGCUACGGCUACAGCUAUGGAGCACCGUCACAGAGUUCUUCACAGCACACAGUACGGGACCUGAGCCCAACCACUCGCUAUCUUGCUACGGGAGCUGCAACCUCAACUGGAACUGGGGCUCUCACCAUAGCAUUCAUCCCUGGCAACGCCUCCAAUGCCAGUGGCCCCCCCCUUCUAGUCCUUCCCCGCUCCCUGUCCUUCGGUCUCCCAUCCUCCUCUCAUUCUCAAGAACCACCCCUGGGCCUGUUGGACUGGAAGGACACAAAGCCCAGGGCCAGGCCCAAGCAACUGAGGUCGCCGUCAGAAAAGACAUGGUCAAAAGAAGUAACCGCAAGGUUCUUGACAUCGCCGGGGAGAGAGAAUGGAUCAUGGAUGGAAAUGAAGAGUCCCCAAAAGACAAAGCACCGUUUCCAUCUCACGCCACUGCCCAGCAUUCACCCGGCAAUCAAGAUGUCGUUCUGUCUCGACUUUUGCUCCUCCACAGGCCGUCUCAUACCGCGGCAUAUCUGGCUAAGUAUCUACACGCCUCUGCUUCAGCCUGUGGCCCAGCCCUGUCUCUAUGAUACAUCAUCGUUGGUUUCCAAAAAAGCUGUCAAGGCCCAAUCUAGACAACCCCAAUCUCGCCAAGACGAUGCGACAGACAGACGCGAAUCGACCGACACCAAUGGCUGA